GAACACGGAAGUGCUGAGUGCUGUGCCCGUACGGAGGGACGUGAGUAUGCUGUGUGCGGGGAGCCGCUCGGUAUAAACAGGCUGGUGUGCUGUGUAGGCCGGAUCUCUGCACUCCCUGUAGAGGGCGCUGUGCUGUCUGCUCCAUGAUGCAUGUUCCAGGGCUCCUGGUGAAGUGUAUGCUGCUGACUGCCGUAUGUAUGGGCACAGAAUGGCUGCUGGAUGACACCCAGGAUUCUGAGCUCUCCUCCAGGGCUCUAUGGGCAGAGCAGCUUUCUCUGUCCCUGCUGCCAGCUUACUCCUUGGCAUCUGAUCCCACUCCGGACUUUUUCCUGUGUGCCCCACUUUUGUAUGAAUUUGCUAACAACAGUGCCAGCCUCAGCAACUGCUUGGUGAGCAUGGCAAGGCCUGUGCGGCUGUGCCAACGCUGCUACAUGGAGUAUACCCAGCUCAAAGCCACCAUGAGCAAGAUCGGAAAUCCUCUACAGAAUAGCACAGUCAGCUGUUCGACAAUACUACUGCAAUCUGACAGGGUCCAGGUCAUUGUUUCGCUUAGUGGUUUCUUUGAUGAUUUAUGGACUGAUUCCAAGUGUGAAAAUUGCUUACAGAAGAACAGCACAGGGAUAUUAAACAGCACAUCUGAAUUCAUGGAUUCAUUUGACAGCUUGAUCCAGUGCUUCAACAAUACAAUGAGGGAACCUCCAGUCCCAUCACAACAAGGCAAUUAUUCAAGAGUGUGCCAGAGUUGUAACGGGACCUAUAAAUAUCUGAAUAACUUGUACAAUAAUUUGGAACAUACCAAUGCCCUGUGUAUUGAUAUAGAGGAUGCCAUGAAUGGCACUCGCAAACUUUGGAGCAAAACUUUCAACUGCACCUUACCCUGUACUGAUACUGUCCCGGUUAUUGCAGUGUCAGCAUUUAUUCUUUUCUUACCAGUAGUCUUUUAUCUCAGCAGCUUCCUCCACUCAGAGCAAAAGAAGCGCAAACUUAUAUUGCCCAAAAGAUUUAAGUCCGGUGCCAACGUAGCGAACAUACAGGACAAACGUAACUGAAGUGCCCUACAAAGAAGAAAAUAAGUAUUUGCACUGGACAAUACCUACACUGUUUUUUGAUUGGUUUGGUUUUUCUCGCAAGCUGAUGCAUUCUAUGCUGGACCACAUGAAGAUCUUUUUUUCAUAACUGUCCCAAACACAAAGGGUCCUUUCACUGCUGAAUGAAAAAGAGUGACUUUGGCUCUUCUAGAAUUAGUUUUUUUUCUUCAAACCUUCAAAUUAUUUAUAAAGUUUUAUUUUUUUUUAUUUUUAUUACAAUGAAGUUGGAUAUAGUUGUUACAUUUCAUUUUUCAGUCAAAUUUACAUACAGAUUGAUGUGAUGUAAAUGUUACAUUACAUGUGACUAUGACGAGAAAUAACGCCUAGUGCUAGCUAUUUUUGUUGGAACAUGCCAAUAACAUUACCUGUAUUGCUACAGCCUGUCUUCCGAAUUGUGCUAUGAGAGGAGACAAGGAUCAGUAGGAGAUAGUAGUUUAUCCUGUUAAAUUGCUUGUUUUUCCAAGAGAAAACAAGGUGGUAAUCUUGAGAGUGCCCACUUAGCUAUGAUCAGUGUUAAGAUCCUUUUGUCGGCAGUUUCCUCUUGUGAGGCUUAGUGUAUCAUUCCCGUGUACAAUUCUAUACUGCAAAGGUGGUAACAGCAUUCUAUUUGUGCUUCUAUGACAAGGCAGUAAGAUCAUUGUAGAGGAUGGAGUUAUUUUGUUGACAUCCACAGUGCUCCAAUUUCAGCGCCCCUGGAUUAGCCAAGCUGCUGCUUACCAUGCCGACUCUGGCCGUAUUACCUUGAUUUGAUGAAUCAUAUGAUUGAGAGCUGUUCAAAGCAAUCUUUCAUUUAUGCUAAUAAAAGCGGGUUUACAUCUGCCAAGUCCCAGAAUGACAGCUUUGAUUCCGUAAUCAGUGGCUUUUUGAGCACAUUCAUGCUAAGUAGGGCUGAAAGUCAUUACGACAGGAUAGGGCAGUUAAGAGCUUUACUGGUGAAGCGGCUUUCAUUUACUUUCCUGGCUUUGUAGCCAAUUAAAAUCAUUCAAGAACGGCUUAGAUUUGGAGAUUUUGCAGAAAGAAAUUUCUAAUUUUCCAGUAUUUUGAAGAAAUAGUUAUUUAGCUAAACUAUUGUUAUCUGUUGCCUUGUUGUUAGGUUAUUAUAAACUAUUAUUUCUUUUUUGUGCAACUAUUUUCAUAGUUCAUUCUUAUAUAUGUUUGUAACCACUUAGCGAAUUCUUUACAACCAGAAUUGCUUUGAUAGCGUACAGUAAGUAUGGAGUCAUCAGUGGUUUCUGUGACUGAUUUAUCUAGUAAGGUGGAUCCGCGGUAAACGGGUACAAAAUGUUUGACAAUGGCUGAGAUUCACUCUGUCCUUUUGUACUUCAUUCCCAUUUUGCACCGAUGAUGUGUAGCUCUUGUAUUUAAUUAAGCUUGGUAAUAAACAAUGGGGGG